AUCUGAUCUGUAAAUUGACUCGUUAGGUGGACCGCGAUGCAGUGCGACUGGCCUCUGUUAGGUCCGCUGAAGUGGAUCCGUUACGUUAACAAACAGGUGAAGGUGAAGGCGGGAAAAGAUGAGGAGCGCUGCGGCUGGCUGCUCACCGUGGACCCGGUGUCCGCCAGUCUGGUCCUGGUGAACUUCAAAGAGGAGGGGGGUGCAUCGGUGCAGGUGGUGAUGGGUCACGCUGUGGAGGAGGUGGAGGUCCUGCGGGAGGCUGAUGAUGAGACUACAGAGCGUCUCCAAACCUCCUUUCUUCCCUCGAAGACCCGCAGACUGGACCCGGAGGAGCUAAGGAAGAGGAGAGGGGGCGUCCGGGGUUGGCUGGAGAAGAACCGGAUACCGGUGGAAGAGGAGGGGGACGAGUUGAGGGUGGCUGGGGUCCUGACCAUCACGGCUCCGUACGGACCUGAAGAUUGCUGCAGCUCCAACCAGAUCAUCCUGGACCGCAUCCAGAAACUGAUCCAGAGUGUGAUCCAGUUUCAACCAGAUAAUCCAGAAACUGAUCCAGAGUCGGAUCCAGCUACAACCAGAUAAUCCAGAAACUGAUCCAGAGUUGGAUCCAGCUACAACCAGAUAAUCCAGAAACUGAUCCAGACUGUCCCUGAACACCUGCACAAAAACCAGUCGGGGAGGUUAAAUUUCAACAAUCAGAUUCCUGCUCUGUCUUCCGACCAAUCUGAGCAGCGGCUGUGUUUGAUAGCUGGUCUGGAACCAGUUUGAGUUCAGAUUAUUUUUUUGUUCAGAUUAAAUUGUAUUGUUUUAGUUCAGAUUAAGUAUUUAUUUAUUUUGUUCACAUUAAAUUUUGUUGUCUCAUUUUGUUCAAUAUGUCAUCAGUGAAAAUGAGAAAUUUCAAAAUAAAAGUCUUUGUUUUGUAUGCUA